CUGUGACGACUGCAGUUGCUGAGAGGAGGAAGUGCGGAGUGGAGGUGCGAUUGGGUCCACGGUCCCUGCUCAGCUCCACUGGCGGCCAGAUACAUUUUGGAAUUCUGAUACACGGCCUUCUGUUCGGAUACAUUCUGCAAUUGGAUACACCGGCUCCUUCCCUGGGAAACUCCCCUGUGUCUGCCAUGGGAUACAGUGUGAAUGUCUGUCUGUGCUGCUAACCGGGCGAUCGCUUCACUCGGAGUUUGAAACUUCUGGAGACUCGCCUCAGAUAAUUGGGCUGAAAAAUGUGCAAUGGGAUGGUGGGGCGGAAGAGCCACAGACCACACCAAGUAACAUUGCUUCUGCUGGUCUUUCUCACUUGCUUCUCCAAAGGAUUAGCAUCAACUGCAGUCUGCCGGCAGCCACUGCAACCGGAAAAUGGAGGCUUUGCGUGCCACCCCUCACCAUGUGGCAGCUUUGUGUCCAGCACAGUCAUUGAGUACUUCUGCGAUGAGGGCUACACUCUGAAGGGAGACUACAAGUACCUGACCUGUGAGAACGGAGAAUGGAAACCCGCGAUGGAGAUCAGCUGCAGGCUGAACCCAGAUAAAGACACAAGGGCAACGAUCGGAGUGCCAACGUUAUCGAUAGUUGCUUCAACUGCCAGCUCAGUUGCCCUGAUCCUCCUCCUGGUAGUUUUAUUUGUUUUGCUGCAACCAAAGUUGAAGUCAUUUCACCACAGCAGGCGAGAUCAGGGAGUGUCAGGCGAUCAGGUGUCCAUUGUAGUGGAUGGGGUUCCUGUGUCUCUUCCAUCAUAUGAAGAAGCUGUGUACGGCAGUUCUGGUGCUGCCAUCCCGCCUUCUGGCUCGCGGGUACAGAUCGUCAUGGCGGAAGGGCCAGUCCCAGGUGAAGACGCUCCAGAGGAAGGUGCCCACUGCAGCAGAAGUGCUGAUGACUGCCCAGAAAGUCCUGGUGACUCUGAGGCCCGUGGCAGUGGUAACCGGUCAGAGACUGUUCUGAUUCAUCAGCCUGCCUUCUCGUCUCCUGCACACUCUCGUAAUUUGGUGAUGAGGCUGUCUCUGUCUUCUGACACCCAAGACUCUGAGAGCAGUGAUGUCCAGAGUCUUCUAUCUCUCUCCUCCCCUGUGGGAUCUACUGAUGAUAUUCCUCUGCUUAAGGAUGCUUAGAGGGACCUCUGUGGCUUUCUCCUCCUCUUCCUCGACCUCCUGAACACUCGGCUCUCCAUCUCCAAUUAAACUGACUCAAAUCCUGUAACAGGAGCUGCAGUAAAGACAUUGCCCUCACUCUGCUGAAGCCCAGUAUGGACAUGACUCUGUGACUCAGUCGCAACUACAUCCCGGACUGGGAACAUUCUGGCUAUGGAGAUGCUGCCUUCACGUGAGGUUAAUGCUGGGAAUGGUCACCCUCUAGCGAGCGACAGAUAAACCUGAUAUCCUUCACGACACAGGAUAUAGACUAGAUGCGGAGUGGUGGUGGUGUCCCAACCUGCACAUCUUAAAUGCUCUUCCCUCACCCCUGUUUUGGUCUUCAGUACCAUCCCUGCUUCCAAUGUCUGUCACCACUGCCUAGUCCAGUUUAUGAUAGGUUAGAAGGCUCCAUUUACUACUUAAUCCAUUCCCUCAGACAAGGCAGACCAUACAAAUGUCAGCUCCUGGAAGUUAAGUAGCCAGCUUGGAACUUAAUCAGUCGAUUAAGUUCAACAUCAGAACAAACAAUUUGACCCUUUUAUUCCAUUUAGACCAGGUGCAAUCGUGUUUCCAGGUCACUGCCACUAGUUUGCGGUUGAUUUUUUUUUAAGGGAGAUAUAACAGAAAAGAUACUUUUGGUUGGAUAAGGAGUGCUGCUCUGCAAAUAUACCUCUGGGGUGGGAUCAAACAAGAACCAAUUAGUGAAACCCAUGUCACUUGCAAUGAGUCACAAACUGGGAUGCACUAUUCAAUAGCUAACCCCUGUAGAAAACGGAUUAGAGCCAGGUUCUCCCUUGGCUUUUGUGCAAGCGACAUUCGGCCCACUGACCUUUUGAACAGCAUCCAGACCCACCCUGUACCCUACCCCUGUUACCUUGUGUUUCCCACAGCCAACCCACCUAACCUGCACAUCUUUGGACUGAGGGAGGUGGUGGG